AUGCUCUAUCUCGGUUGCUUUGGCACGGUCUUAUCACCGAUGAUGAUCUCUCUCUGUGAAGAAUUCUGGGAGUUCAUGCUUGCGCAGGGACUUCUCUUUGGCAUUUCCAUGACACUGGCAUACACCCCGGUGCUUGGAGUCAUUGGUCAUUAUUUCAAAAGAAGACGUGCAGCAGCUAUGGGUAUUGUAAUAUCAGGCUCAUCGCUUGGAGGAGUCGUAUGGCCUAUCAUGCUUCAAAAACUGAUCUAUAAUCCCAACGUUGGAUUUGCGUGGGCGUUACGUAUUGUCGGCUUCAUGAUGCUGCCGCUCCUCGCUGCGACUUGCAUCCUCGUGAAGCCACCAAAAACGACGCAGGCGACUGAUAAUUAUCGGGCCCAUGAAAGGGAUGGCCAGCCGCCAGAAAAGAAGUCAACGAGGAAGCUGGAAUUGACGCAUCUGAAAAAGGCCCAAACCCUGCUUUCGUGUUUGGCAUUCUUCUUCAUUUAUUUUGGAAUGUUCACACCACUUUUCUUCACUGCUUCGUUUGCUAAUUCAAGGGGCUUCUCUGAUGAUCUUGCUUUCUAUACCAUCUCUAUCAUGAACGCGACCUCGCUAGUUGGGCGAGUGCUUCCAGGCUUCUUGGCAGACUCAUAUGGACGGUUCAAUAUUUGUAUCGUCGCCACUAUAUCUUCAGGAAUCAUCGCACUGUGUUGGAGUACAGUCAAUACAAUCGCGGGGCUAGUGAUCUUCUCACUAGCGUACGGAUUCACCUCUGGGGUAAGAUUUCCGUUAUUUUUAUUGCUAUAUUUUUAUGCCAAUUUGGAUGCGAAGAAAAGGGCUAAGACUGAAUAG